UUGUGAUCUUAUUUCCACACAGCCCUCUCGUCUAAUUGCCGGUGCGCUCGAUUUGGCUGAUCUGACCUGGCCAUUGAGAGGACAGUGCACUUUAGGACUAAUAAAUGGGUCAUGCGGUGUGCCGGGAGAGCUAAAUCGGCGAGAAGCUACAGGUAGAUCGUACUUUUUCGACUGACGUCACUCCCAGGGAUGGGCUUGUCACGUGGUUAAAGUCUGUGCUAUCUUGUGGAAAACAACCUCUGAGCUUUAAGGGAAAAAACUGGGAGAAAAACUACUGGAGCAAACAAGCUAAUUUAGCAGGGGCAAAGGUGAUUCCUGGAUGUAUGUAUGAUCUGUAUGUCCAGACAAGGUUUGCACUCUGACCUGCAAGCCAAUGUAAGUCGUGCUGAGUGACUGCGUGUGAAAGAGGUAUUCCAACACAGUAUGUUCAUUUAUCAUAAUCUAAUAACAUAAUUUAUCCUCUCCAAUUGAAUAUGGCAUGCUGGCUGAUGAUCAUCAAUAAUAUAUUUUUGUGUCACUCCUGCUAGUAAUUAAAGCAACACACUGCUGACUAUCCAACCCUUACAAAAAAAUAUUGUGGUUUUGAAACUGCAGUAAAAGUGCAGUAACUGUAGUCGACUGUGAUAUUUUGGACACAGUAUUUGCAGCAGUUGUACUGCACUCUAACUUAAAUUGAAUGUUAUUUGUCACAUGUGUCAAAUACAACGGGUGUAGACCUUACCGUGAAAUGCUUAUUACAAGCCCUUAACCAAUAAUGCAGUUCAAGAAAUGGAGUUAAGAAAAUAUUUACUAAAUAAUGUAAAGUAAAAAAUAUAAAAUCAAAAAGUAACAGAAUAAAAUGACAUAACAAUAACGAGGCUAUAUACAGGGUGUACCGGUACCGAGUCAAUGUGCAGGGGUACAGGUUAGUUUAGGUAAUUUGUAAAGGGACUAUGCAUAGAUAAUAAACAGUGAGUAGCAGAAGUGUAUAAAAAACUGCAAUUAUACUGCACUCUUGACUGCAAUCUUUUUUUGUAAGGGAAAAACUCUAGUACUCAAUAGUCCAAUGUAGGCUUGCCUAUUUGCCCACUUCCUUAUUUAGUUGUGGCACAAAAAUGUGUUCCUGACUCAACUUGCACUCAUUCAUUGGUACUUUUAGGGUGUUUUCACAUAUUGUCGUAUUUAAAAUAACUGAUCGCAGUCCUCUUUAAAGUGCUAAAUAACUCAGUUCACUUCAACUAUUUUGUCCUCUUUGCAUUGGCAUUGCUAUGUUUAGAAAGGAACCAAGAUAUUUCUCCAACAUGCACUCUGGAUUUUUUACAAAGAGCAGGACAAGCCAUCUUUUUGGGGGGGGAACCUGAACAUCAUCAUAUUCUCUCUCUUGUGGCACCUAUGUGAGGGUUUAGGACAGGGGAAAAGGUGUUGCAGUAGUCUAGUGUGUAGUGCGGGAAUAAUGACACACGAACCUGGGGAGUGUUGUGUUCACAUUGUCUUAAAAAUGGGAACCGGACUGCGGAAUUCAAGCGACCCGGACUACGGAAUUCAUUCGAACCGAACUCAGAUCAUCUCUUGAUGGUCGCAGUUCGGUUUGCUUCAGGUGAUCUUUUGAGGGGUCUGAGUUUCUUUGGCGUGUUCACACUGCUUAAAAAAUUAAGCAAACCGUAAAAAAAAAAAGGCUGUAAGGGACCAAGUGUGAAAACACCCUGAGUGCAGCUACUCCAGUUCUCUACCAUUCUUGAUGACCUAUGGUUUAGGGUUAAUCUUCUAUGGUGCUUGGGUCAGCAUAUAGUUUUGGGCUGGUAGCUAUGGUUUGGUAUACCAUUAAAUUGUGCAUGUUUGGUUGAAGUUAUCAGUGGUGUGCCUGUUUUUUAAGUUUGCGAUCUGGGAUUUCUGAUUGUUUUGACACAUUUCCUGCUUCUGCUUUCCUAAUUUAUUGUGCUCUUGUAAUCUCUUCUUACUGUACUUAUUUCAUCAUCAUGCCAUUCAUCCUAAAAUAUUUUUAAUACUUUUGUGAAAUGUAAAAAGUUUCGAUAUUUAGCUGUUUUGAAAAGGGCACUAUAACUUUUGUGUGCGUGUACUCGUGUGCGGGUAUGUGUGUGUGCAGGGCUCAUCUCUUUCCCCAUGACCUCUGGAGGAGGUCCCUGCGGCCGCACUGAGCGUGUCCGUCAUGAACCCCAUUACGACCAGGUCCCGCCAGGCUCCCUACGCCGAAACGACGCCUUUGACCUUCAACCCCUGAGGUACCAGCGGAGCACCGAACUAGCCCUGAGCUCUGAUCCCCUUCCGCCCCCUCCCCUGCCCGACCAGCCCCCUGUGGGGCCCGAGUAUGACCCCAGCGUCAGUGAGGACAACCCAGACCCUGACCCAGAUCCACACCUCGAACUAGACCCUGCCCUCGACAUCAAACCGGUCCACCGUUUCAUCCCUGACUCGUGGAAGAGCUUCUUCCGAGGGACCAGUCUCCGCAGCAGCAAGCCCUGCCCCAUGCCUGCCUCCUCCUCCUCCUCCUCUAACAACAACAACAGCACCAGUGGCGGGGUGCGCUGCUCGCCCCCACACUCGCCCUCCCUGCCCAGAUCCUACCGGGACCCUUAUGGGGGGUCGGGGGGAAGCAGCUACAACUCCCGCAAGGAGCUCCUGGGAGUGGGUGACCACCAAGAGUCAAUUUCGGGACGCACACUCCACACGGCGCUCACCUACAGCGAGCGGGUGGAAGAGUACCACGAGCGUUACGGCUACAUGAAGUCCUGGGCGGGCCUGCUGAGGAUUCUGGGAUGCGUGGAGCUGCUGCUGGGUGCAGCAGUGUUCGCCUGCGUGUGUGCCUACGUGCACAAGGACAACGAGUGGUUCAACAUGUUUGGCUACUCCUCGCCUGGAAGUGCAUACGGAGGCUACGGAGGGGGGAUGUACGGAGCGGGCACCGGAGGGUCCUACUACUCGGGUCCUCAGACUCCGUUUGUGUUAGUUGUGGCGGGGCUGGCCUGGAUCGUGACUGUGAUAUUGUUGGUGAUAGGGAUGACUAUGUACUACCGCACCAUCCUACUGGAUUCCUCCUGGUGGCCCCUGACAGAGUUUACUAUAAACCUGGCCAUGGCCGUGCUCUACAUGGCUGCAGCUGUAGUCUACGUCAGGGACACCACGCGGGGAGGUCUCUGCUCCCUUCCCAUCUUCAACAAUGGCAUCAACGGGGCUUUUUGCCGCACCGAGGCCGGACAGACAGCCGCCAUCAUCUUUCUGUUCGUCACCAUGCUGAUCUACCUGAUCGGGGCCAUUGUGUGUCUGAAGUUGUGGCGGCACGAGCAGGCACGCAUGUACCGGGAAAAGUAUGGCCUGGAGUUUCCCAUGUACAUCAAGAAUAGUCCACCACCCAAAGGACAUCCAGCCAAAGGACACAACUGUGGGAAGCAUUGGAGUCAACCUGGCCCAGCAUCUCUGUGGAACGCAAAAGGGGGGGUGCAACUCAAUAUUAGGAAUGUGUUCAUAAUGACUUGUACACUCAGUGUAUAUGCAGUCUUAUAUUACAUAAAUAUAAGCUAUUUUUUUUGCAGAAGUGUCAUUUUAGACUUCCACAACUUCUGUUUUGUUAUUACGCAGAUGCAUACGACAGAUUUCCCUGCGGCGCGGUCUUUGAUGCCGGUUCCAGAGCCAAUUCAGGGUUCUACUGUGGUUCCCAUCCAGGCUGCUGUACCCAAGGCAGGGCCACCGAAGGUUCUACAGGGAGCUAUCCCUUCUGGUCACAUCCCCAAACCAGUCAUCAUGCCUGACUAUAUAGCUAAGUACCCAACCAUCCGUACGGUCGAUGAGCGGGACCAGUACCGGGCUGUGUUCAAUGACCAGUACUCUGAGUACAAGGAGCUCCACGCCGACGUGCAGGCCACCACCAGGAAGUUUGACGAGCUGGACGCCAUGAUGUGUGCCCUACCCCAGCACCCCAACAGUCAGAUGGAGUAUGACCGCGUAAACAAAAUCCUUCAGGAGUAUCAGAGGAAGAAAAAUGAUCCUACGUUCCAGGAGAAGAGGGAGCGCUGUGAAUACCUGAAGAACAAACUGGCCCACAUCAAACAGAAGAUCCACGAGUACGACAAGGUCAUGGAGUGGAACGAUGGCUACGGCUACCUGCCUGAUGCAGAUGAGAGGAGGAAACCAGACACCCUUCACAUUCGGGGGCGGGGAAAUGUAGCUCAAACAGUUUUAAAGAGUGAGACCCUUCGGGCCCCUGUGGAUUCAGGAAUGUCUUCCAAGCCCAACGGGAGUCCGCCUCCCUAUGAGUCAGAUGGAUAUCAUGAGCCACCCCAGCCGGCGUACUCCUACUACCCCGACGACGAGUUCCAGCACUUCUACAAAUGGACGUCUCCUCCGGGCAUCAUCAAGCUGAUGGCCAUCAUCGUCAUUGUCCUCUGUGUGGCCAUAUUUGCCUGUGUGGCCUCUACGCUGGCCUGGGACAGCCAGGGGGCCAUGUCUGGCUUCGGUGGUUACGGGGGCAGCUCGUAUGGGGGCAGCUCGUACGGAGGCGGUGGUUACUCCGGUAGCUUUGGUGGUGGUGCCUAUGGUGCCGGUAACAACUAUGGCUACGGUGGACUCGGAGGGAACUACAAUGACCCUCGCACUGGCAAAGGAUUCAUCAUUGCCAUGGCAGCAUUCAGCUUCAUCACGGCCCUUGUCAUUUUCAUCAUUGUGGUGUCGAGGCAUGGCCUGUCGGAGUCUAGAAGGUUCUACCUAGCUGUGGUGAUCAUCUGUGCUAUCCUGGCCCUGCUGAUGCUCAUAGCGACUAUAGUGUACCUGGUGGCGGUGAACCCCAUGGCUCAAUCUACAGGGUCGAUCUAUGGGAACCAGCUGGCAGGCCUGUGUGCCCAGUACCAGGGCCCCCAGGUUUCAGGAAUGUUGGUCAACCAGUAUCUCUACCAUUACUGUGUGGUGGAGCCUCAGGAGGCCAUAGCGAUAGUGUUUGGCUUCCUGGUGAUGGCGGCUCUGAUCAUCAUGAUGGUGUUUGCCUUAAAGACGCGCCAGAAAAUCAGGAAUUAUGGCAAGUCCAACGUCCUGUGGAGGAAGGUGAAGGUCAUCAACGAGGAGGCCCCGCCCCAGGACGUGGAGGCAUGGGUGAACAAUGUGUCAGGUUUUCCUGAUGAAGGUGUGGUGCUGACCGACUACCCAGAGAAGUUUGGAGGAUCCAGGAGUCACCUGGACGACACCAGCACCAACUACGACAAACCUCCCUACAAUGACAGCCCAGCUCCUCCAGUAGUUUGUGACUUCCCUGUGCACAGUAGCGCCCCCUACAGCAGUGGCUCAGAGAUGGCCAGCUCAGCAGCAGGGAAGCCCAAGAAGAGACGGGCCGGUCGUCCUCGCCGUACUGAUGGACAGGAUACAGACUACGCUUCCUCUGGGGACGAGCUGGACGACGACAACGACUUCGACAGUGAGUUCCCCACCAUUGCCAAUGAGCAGGAACGUGUGUACUACAAGCGUGAGUUUGACCGGGAUCACCAGGAGUACAAGGACCUGCAGGGUGAGCUGGACAUCAUCAACAAAAGCCUGUCAGAGGUGGACAGAGAGCUGGAUGAGCUGCAGGAGGGAAGCCCCCAGUUCCUGGAUGCUAUGGAAAAGUACAACAGGCUAAAGGACAUAAAGAAGUCAGCAGAUUACCAGUUGAAGAAGCGCAGGUGUAAAUACCUGAAGGCCAAACUGUCCCACAUCAAGAGGAUGGUCGCUGACUACGAUCGCAGGGCCUGAACUUCCUGUCACCUGACGUCAGCCAGGAUACUUCUUCCGGUUCAGAGUUGAUGCCAGAUGUAACACUGGUGGUUUGAGUCAGAUUCUACUUAUUUCUUUGGCUCUGCUCUAGUAACACUAGCAUAUCACUUAGAAUUAAGCAAUGUAUUGAGCAUUUAUUCUAAGUGGUAUGCUUGUGUAGAUUAUAAGAACAUAACCUUAGUAAUUAGGUUUGUGGUUGCCGUAUACUGAGCAUCUUCACUGAGAAGUGUCUUCCCAAGGAUCUCCACUGUGAUUGGAUGGACGUGCUAGGGAUCAGCCAAUCCACAGUAUACUACAAAGCUGUUAAAAAUGAAGUUCUCGCACAUACUUCCCGAGACAAUGGCUGUAGAAAUAUGUGUGGGUUUUGUGACUUAAAAAAAAAAAGGGUAAUUUGAAUGUGCAGAAAUAAUAUAUUUAUAUGACUGCAUUAAGUUAUUAGUGUUCAAAGGCUUGUGUUAAUUCUUGUUUCGUAUAAUGAAUGGUACUUAGUGCAGUUUAUCCUCUGUCUGUUGCUAAUGUUGGGAUGGGACAAAAUGACAACCUCAAACUGUGAUGUUGUGAGACUGAUUUCACUCUGAUACAUUAGACGUUUUUUACAGCUUCCUCUUUUAGAUAAGAUGUUCACUUUUUAUUCUUUCACUUUCUAUUUUCUCAACCUCAUUGUCAGGUUUUGAUACUUGGACUUAAGAAAGGUUUGCCAUUUGUAAAUAUGUGAAUAUACUUGUGGUCUCUUUAUGUACUAAUGCAUUGUACCCUCUCCUGUAAUUUUUUUGUCAGUUACUAAAGACUUCGAAACUGUUAUACUUUGUAAAUCAUUAUGCAUUUGAUUCAUGUUCUGUUUACUUUUUUGACCUAAAUGGAAUAUAUUCAAGGUCACCUUUUUAAAACUGAUAAUUCAAUUAAGAUUUGCGUAACAGUUGAAAUCAACAUGAUCAAUUUUGUUCUAUGUGGUCUCUUAAAGCCAUUCUCAGGUUUUUCAAUGUGUGAAUAUACUGUUAUAUACUUAGUUAUAUUAUAUUGAUGUAAUAUGGUCUGCUGUCUUUUGUCAGUUGCUAAAGACUUUGAAACUUUUUUUUUUAUCAAGAUGCCUUAAGGUCUUUUUAAAUAAAAUGAUUAAACCGCA